GCAGGGCAGCUGUUCCUCUGCCAUUGCUAUACUAAAAUUAGUGAUAUCCCCAGUGGUGGUGGAUUAGUGCUGCUGGAAAGGAGCUGGUUAACAGCUGUAAGAUAUUAUUCUGUUAACGUCUGUGUCUCAAAGCUUGCUGGGGACACAGAUGGACUUGUUCAAGUCCCGAGCAAGGAUUGUGAAAUCCUUUGUCUGAAGGACACAGAUGAACAAGUCCAGGCAAGUCCUGGGCAAAGGUUGUGAGAUCCUUUGUCUGGGGGGACGCAGAUGGGCAAGGCCGGGGCAACGAGAGCGAGAUGAACUGCAGCUAAAGAGCUGUGAAGUGCUCCUUUGUGUGGACCUAUCUCAGGAUGAUGGCCAUCUCAGGGGGUACUCAAUGACUCUUGCUCAAGGCCAUCCUUGUCAGGUAGGCAGGAGAACAAGGAGGAUAAAAAAGGAACUGAAAACCAUGAGGAUAGGUUUCUGGCAACAGAUUCCUCAUGAAGAAGAGGGAUUCCUGAAGAUUGAGGUGAUUCCUGCAUGCUGUCGAACUCUCCUGAGCCUGCUGCCUGACCGCUGUUGCUGCUUCAAGAAUUGGCUCCUUGACUUCUUCGUCUACCUGCUUGCUGCCCAAGGCCGGCCACACUGCUUCUUGCCCUCUCCCCUGCUGCGUCUGCCUGGGACCUUCAAACGCCGUGCAACGGGACCGCUGCUGGAUCCUGCUGAAUGCAUGAAUUCUUCCCAGCUCAAACCAAGGUGGAGGAUGUUCAUCAGAAAGGAAGAUCCAGAAUGGGCUGCAAUAGGUAAGUCUGGACAAAUUUAGCUCUAGAAAAGUAAAAUCUUCAGUUACGCAGCUGCUGAGCUGCAAUCUGUACUAUACACUGCAGCUCUGAGUUAACAUAAUGGCUUUAACUGAGCACAUUUUCCUCACAAUCUCAUAGCAGUUCCUCAAGUCUGUGCCUGACACAUGCCUUUAGCAGGCCGUUCUCCAAGGUCUCCCCCUUUUCUCCCUAUGGACUUCAUGGACACAGAACUCAAGUUCUUCAAGUACUAGAAGUUACUUUAGAAGCUCCCCUUCCCCCAGAAGGGCACUGCUGCUAGCUUGUGAACAUUAGAAGGCAGCUGCUGCAUAGACAGAGUCAGAGGCAAGCUCUGCAACUGGAAAUGGCUCCAUUAAUAUAUUUUGCAUCGUGGGUCAAGGGUCAUACCUAAAGCUCCCAAUUGAAUGUGCAUAUUCCCAUUUGCUUUACUGUGAACUGAAUCAAGACCUUGGCCUCCAUCCAAGAGCCCCUAUGCUUUUGACUGCACAUUUACAUGCUGCAGUUGGAAAGAGGCUGAACUCGUCCUGUAAACAUUUCCCUAUUUUUAAGCUGCAGAAAUGCCUCCAUACACCCAAAUCUGCAGCUUUUGGAGCUGUGGUUUUUGAAGUGGUUCAGUUAGAAAUAAGGCCUUAUUUUUAAAAAUGGCUUUGAUCUUUUGACUUGUCAAUUUUUAGUUUUUACAGAUACACAGUAUAUAUAAAAAAAGGCAAGUUCUAGAAAAGAGCUGUAAGAAUAAGUACAUCCACAGUAGUUUUAAACUAGCAUGUUUCUUGUGCUAGAGGAUAAAAGGCCAGGUCUUUCAGGCUAGGUCAGCUGGAAAACACAGUGUUCCUUCAAGAUAGCAAAUUGUCAGACCCUCAGAUCAUCUCUUUGCUUGUCCAUUGUCCAAAGAGACUUGGCCUCAGUGAAGGAGGAAAAAGUGCAGGAUUUGAUCAGCAACUGAGAAAGUCCUGAGAACAGAUUCUUUUUCUCCAGCUGUUUCCCAUCAUGUUUCUCUAUGUAUCAACUUUAGACAGACUAACCCAAGAGAGCGGUGCUCCAGAAGUGAUGAUGAAGGCGAGAAUGCAGCUUUAUGCUCUGAAAAAACAGCACGUGCCCUAGUGCUGAUUUUCCAUAUUUUCAUUUUCCCUUCCACUCAGUCUUGUAUGCAUUUUGACAGAUACUAUCUGUAAAGCAGGGGUGUUGUUGUGUUUUUUUUUGUUUGUUUUGCUUUUUUCAUAUAAUUUCAGUGCAUAUCAGGUCACAGCAAGAUAGCCUUGAGGAAUUGAUGCAAUGGAUUUAACACGCAGCUGCAGACAUCAUAGAAACCUUCUGCAAGAUUACCUUGACCUUCUGACGCAUGAGCGGCCAACUUCCAAAUGAAUUAUAACUAUCCUCGUACUCAAAGUGUAGUAACAUCGUGCAGAAGGCCAACUGUCAGGAGUAACAAAUAACAGAAGGAAUUCAUCAUCACCAUGUUGUGCAGCUUCUCCCUGAGAUGACCAAAAGACACUAAUGCCAGCCAGGCCCAUGCCCCAGUUUUCAGAAGUAGCCAGCACAUUGCUAUUGGCACAUCAUUUUAGUCCAAUGCAAUUGCUUUCCUGUCUCUAAGCUGCUUUUGUAAAGGCUGAUGUGAG